AUGCAAACAAGAGAUGAUGCAUAUGACCAUCUGUUGUUACGAUCAUUUCCCCUUGGAUAUACCAUUUGGUUGCAUCAUGGUGAGAAAUUGGUUGAAGAAAGAUCUGGAUUAGGACGAGUAGAUGAAAAUCCAAUAUCCCAAGUGAAUCAAAUGCACCAAAUGGUCAACAAAGCAUUCAAUUUCACGCUGCAACAUGAGAGUGAAGACACAACAACAAUCGAACAUGCCGAAGAUGAUGAAGACGUGUUGCCGUACUUAUAUGAAGGUCCAAGUCACAUGGUGCGGGAUUUUAACGAUCUACUGUCAGAUGGAGAGCAGAAGUUAUAUCCCAGAUGCUCAAAGUACUCCAAAUUAUCGUUCUUAGUGAAGCUUUAUCAUAUUAAGUGUAUGUGCAGUGUGAGUGAUAAGGCAAUGACCAUGAUUCUUUACUUACUGCAGGACGCAUUCGAACAAGCAAAACUUCCAAAGACAGUGUAUGAAGAUAUGAAGAUAAUAAGAAAGUUGGGUAUUGAAUACACCAAGAUAGAUGCUUGUCCAAAAGAUUGUAUGCUUUAUCGAGGUGAUGAUGAAAACUUGACCAGGUGCAAGCGAUGUAGGUAUUUAAGAUGGAGGCAAAAGAAUAAAAAGGGCUCUAUUGUUAGGCUCAACAUACCUGUGAAGAUAAAUGAGAAACCUAUAGCAGCCAAGACUCUUUGUUACUUUCAUCUCAUACCACGAUUGCAAUGGUUAUUCAUGUCCAGCAAGACAUCAACUGACAUGUUACGACAUAAAGAGGUGCGUAAUAACGAUGGUUUGCUUAGGCAUCCAAGGGAUGCUGAAGCAUGGAAAAAGUUUGAUGCAAAAACAUCUUUCAUUCUAUCCAUGCUUAUUCCUGAGCCGAAAAUGCCAGGUAACGACAUAGAUGUUUACUUGCAGCCUUUGGUAGAUGAGUUGAAGCAAUUAUGGGAUGGCGUUGAAACGUAUGAUGUCAAAGAGGAAAACACUUUCAAGAUGUGUGCGACACUAAUGUGGACUAUCAGUGACUUUCCAGGAUUGGAAAACCUAUCUGGUUGGAAUACGCACAGUGAGUUAGCUUGUCCUACGUGUAACAUGGACACUAAGCCUCAUCGGCUGAAAGAUAGUAAAAAAUGGUGUUUCAUGGGCCAUCGCCGCUUUUUGAAUCAAGGACACAAAUACAGACUAGACCGGAAUAGAUUUGACGAGCAAGUCGAAGGUAGAGAUCUACUGAAGAAGUUAUCCGGAACAGAUGUAUUGAGGCAACAGUGUAAUGUGCAUGUUUUAUUUGGGAAGAUUUCAACUAUGACAUCCAAAAAAAGACGCAAUGAGAAAAAUAUAUAUGACAAUGUGGUAUUCCCUAUCUUAAGUGAUAGCGGCAAAUCAAAAGAUAAUCUUAAAGCUCGCAAAGAUUUACAAUGCAUGGGCAUAAGGCCUGAAUUAUGGCCAAGCGAAGGUGGUAAAUAUUCUUCUGCAAUAUUUACGAUGUCAAAUUCACAGAGGGAUAAUGCACUUCCGAGUCCUGUGUCCAAUGUGAUUGCAAAUUUGUCAUCAUUUUUUCGAGAACUUUGUGGGAAAGCCAUAAAUCCUAUGCAGCUUGUUGACCUUCAGAAUCAUGUUGUGCAAACCCUGUGUAAGAUGGAAAUGAUUUUCCCUCCAUCCUUCUUCACCAUCAUGGUUCACCUCACAGUGCAUCUCGUUGAUGAAGUAAAUCUUGGUGGACCAGUACGUUAUCGGUGGAUGUAUCCAAUAGAAAGGGCACAAUCAAAAGGGACAAUUGCGGAAGGCUAUUUAUCUGAGGAAAUUCUGACUUUCUGUUCUAGAUAUUUGGAUAAUAUUGAGAGUAGAAUCAACCAACCAGGGCGAGUUGAUGAUCAACCUGUUGAUGUUACACAUAAUUUAGGGGAAACUUUGUUCCCAACUAUUGGAAAGGCAUUAGGGGCUGUUUCACAUUUCAAACUAACUCCAAUGGAAAAACAUCAAGGACAUCGUCAUGUUCUACUCAACUGCGAGGCUGUGGUUCCAUUUGUUGAGUAA